AAAAAAAACUUAAAGAGCUUAAUAAUAAUGUGGGAAUGAGAACAUCCAUCACAUUCUAAGUUCGAACAUUAUGACCAACAUCCAACGAAAAAUACAUCAAAUCAACUUUAAACUAUAGUGACAUGUUAUCCUAUGAUUUUUUAAACACAGCACAUUCACAAGUACAAAAAUUAAUAAAGUAAGAGAUGACAAAUUUCCGACUAAUAUUUUUUGUAUUCAUAAUCCAUCCUUGCAACUUUCUUUAAGUAGUAUUCUCUAUGUCUAUAUCCCUAGUCAGCACAUAUCUAAGCCACCAACUACACCAUAAUAACAACCCCAACACAAAACGAAAAAAGUGCCCAUUCAAAAUUCCAAUCUUCCCACACAGUUCCAUUUUAUAAACUGAAGUUGGUAGCAACACAGAAAAAAAGAGAAACCAACAUCAAUCAUCUUCCAACCAUGAAAACCCUCGAACUCCCUUCAUCCCUGACCAUGUUCAUCUUCUGCUACUCCAUCUUGAUCACCACAAUCAUCAACCAUUCCACCUCCUUAGCUCGAACCAUAGCCGACCCAACUCCGCCUCCCACCCACAGCCAUCAUCACCACCAUCUUCACAAGAACCUCACCUUCCUAAUGCAGAACAUUCUCAAUGCCACGCACCAUGCAGCCACCACAAAGCUCACCAGCCAGAUCCCAUUCCCAAAGCCUCUAGGCUUCUUCCCUCCAAGCACAGGCAUCCUGAUCCCACAGCCUUCCAAUGUUCCUACGGUUUCAGCCGCUGCAGGAUUCACUAAGCAAGCCCUUGAUGACUCCACCAUUGGGUUGCUGUCAUUCCCAGCCAGGGCCACCCUGGAGGAGCUUGAAUAUGGGAGCGUGGCAGAGGUCAACGAGGAGUUGUUUGAGAACACUAGUUAUGGGCCAGUCGUUGUUGGGAGAGCGCAAGGAGUGUUUGUGGCUAGCUCGGAGGACGGAUUCAGCCACAUGGUGGCAAUGACUGCGAACUUCAACGGUGAUGGUGGUGAUCAGAAGGGAAUCAAUGGCGAUGGGUUGAGGUUCUUUGGAGUGCAUAGUAAGAAAGAUAAGGGAGAGUCUCACAUCGCUGUGAUCGGCGGGACGGGGAAGUAUGAGGGUGCUAAUGGGUUUGCAGUAAUGGAAGUUGUGGAUUUAGGUUCCAACUUUGCUCUUGUUGAAGAGUACAGAACCAAUGAGUUCCUUUUGUUCAGUGUGUAUCUCGGCUAGUUUUUGUAGUUGAUAUAAUCAGAGUGACUGCUAGAGAAAAAAAAAAAAAAAACUUGAUUGCUUUCUCAUGGAGGAUGACUAUCGACAUGCUAAUCAAGUCUGUAAUAUCUGGACAAUCUGGAACUGAUGAAAUUGCCUCUAUAUUCCAAACAACUAUCAUGAUCGACUGAUGAAUUUGCUAAAACACAGUAGCAGUAGCAGCAGAUAACAAUGUGGGAUCUAUGUUCAUAACUGGGGACUGUCCUCCAGGUAAAUGAUUUUAGAUGCAUAUUAUAGACUGUACUAGUCAUCAACAUAGCAGAAAACACUUAGUAGACUUGGUAUAGUCCAACCUUCUUAAAGAUCUCUGAGUAAAGGGAAGAAGACUGA